UCUUCGGACAUUAGAAUAAUUUGACGAUGGAGUCCUCAGUGUAUCUGUGUUCUCAGCGCGGAAAGCUCGUGCAUCUUUGUCGCUUCCAAGCUCCAAGGCCUCGACAGAGGGCAGGUGAUCGUUGACAGGCUUCUACUGCAGGUAGUGCUUUUAUGCUAAUCAGUGGAUAUGCGCUCUGUAUCGCUCGCUCUCUCCUUUGCAGUGUCCACAACUGUCUUAGGGUUACGGUAUCAUCCGAACCUCAAGCCUGAACAUGGACCUAAAGUUACUCGCGGCAUUGGGAGCGCUGAUGAUAUCAGCAAGGCAUGUGCAGACAUCAAAUCCCAAAUCUCAAGUGCCAGCGAGGUGAUUGACGGUGUGGUCGAGAUCGGCCUGGCGGACGAUACCCACCACUGGUUCUUCGAGUCCAACAGUGAGACGCCGACAUGUAUUGUUGAAGUUGGCUCGCCGGCCGAUGUAUCAAUUGCUAUGACUGUCAUUGGCCAUUAUGGGUCCCCGUUCGCUAUAUAUUGCGCGGGACACGCUUCAAACAAGGGCUUCUCAUCGACCACUGGGGUUCAUAUCGCACUGAAACGGAUGAACCAAAUAGUUCUGUCUGCCGACAAAAGCACGGUUGAGAUCGGCACUGGAAACGGGUGGGCUGACGUGUACGACAAGCUGGAUGGGACGGGGGUCAAUGUUGUAGGUGGUCGAGUCAAAGGUCCCGGGGUGGGUGGGUUCACACUCGGUGGAGGAUACUCUUGGAAGACAAAUCAGCAUGGCUUGACGAGCGACACUGUUGUGCAAUUCAACCUCGUUCUACCGAAUGGCACAAUUUCCAGUGCAUCCGCAGAAAACAACCCAGACCUCUUCUUUGCGCUCAAAGGCGGCCUCAAUCGGUUUGCAGUUGUCACAUCUGCAGUCUUCCGCACUCAUCCACAGACUGAUGAAAUUUACGCUGGCACAACUAUCUAUGCUUCAGACCAAGUCGAUGCUCUUUUGAACGCGACACAAGUCUUCUCUGAUACUAACACUGAUCCAAAGGCCCAGAUCAUUACCACUAUCAAUGCAACGCCUGUCGGACUCUCGGCGCUGGUGCUAUUCUUUUACGAUGGACCGGAUCCGGGUACAGCAUUCGAAAUGUUUGAUGAGGUUGACGACACAAUCAGUUUUGUUCGCGUUCAGUCAUUUUCGACCUUCGUGUCAUCGGUUGACUCUGCCAUCGCAUUGAACCCCCGUGGAACCUUCAAUAGUCUGCCGACGACAAAGACAACGCCAGCCUUUCUGGCUGCUAUAAAGAACCAAGCGUCGCAAUUGAAUAGUCAAGGGCAUGGUGCUUUGAUGCUAAGCUACGAUAUCGAGCCGUUCCUUGAAUACGGCGAGCAUGCCACGGAGAGUGCCUACCCUCAUGAUGAGUCACCCUUACCGCUUAAUCUUUAUUUCUCUUGGGCCUUCUCCUCGGACGACCAGUACUGGAAUGAGGCAAUGGUGAACGCUAUCUCUGAACUAAGAGAGGUCGCAGUCCGUGAGGGCAUAUUCAAUGAAUCUUCUGCGGUAUACCCCAACUACGCUAUUGCUGGAACGACUGCAGAGGUGCUGUAUGGAUCUGCCAACGCCGCCAGGUUACGGUCGAUCAAGGCCAACGUUGAUCCAAACAAUGUGAUGAGCUUGGCUGGAGGUUUCAAUAUAUAA